AUGGCGUGUGGCAGCAGGAAGGUCACCAUCCAACUGGUGGAUGAAGCAGCACCUGGAGCUGGGGGCCCAAAGCUCUUUCGAGGCCAGAGCUAUGAGGCAAUCCGAGCAGCCUGCCUGGAUGAGGGGAUCCUUUUCCGAGAUCCCUACUUCCCUGCUGGCCCUGAUGCCCUUGGCUAUGACCAGCUGGGGCCGGACUCGGAGAAGGCCAAAGGGGUGAAAUGGAUGAGGCCCCAUGAGUUUUGUGCUGAGCCUACGUUCAUCUGUGAGGACAUGAGCCGGACAGAUGUGUGUCAGGGGAGCCUGGGUAACUGUUGGUUUCUUGCGGCUGCUGCCUCCCUCACUCUGUACCCCCGACUCCUGUGCCGGGUGGUCCCUCCUGGACAGGGUUUCCGAGAUGGCUACGCGGGUGUCUUCCACUUCCAGCUCUGGCAGUUCGGCCACUGGGUGGACGUCGUGGUGGAUGACAAGCUGCCUGUGCGUGAGGGGAAGCUGAUGUUCGUGCGCUCAGAACAGCGGAAUGAGUUCUGGGCCCCCCUCCUGGAAAAGGCCUAUGCCAAGCUCCACGGCUCCUAUGAGGUGAUGCGAGGCGGUCACAUGAAUGAAGCUUUCGUGGACUUCACAGGCGGCGUGGGUGAGGUGCUCUACCUGAGGCAAGACACCCCAGGCCUCUUCUCAGCCCUGCGUCACGCCCUGGCCAAGGAGUCCCUUGUGGGCGCCACUGCCCUGAGUGAUCGGGGUGAGCAUCGUACAGAAGACGGGUUGGUGAAGGGACAUGCGUAUUCAGUCACGGGCACACACAAGGUGUCGCUGGGCUUCACCAAGGUGCGGCUGCUGCGGCUGCGGAACCCAUGGGGCCGCGUGGAAUGGACCGGGGCCUGGAGUGACAGCUGCCCACGCUGGGACGCGCUCCCCACUGAGUGGCGAGAUGCCCUGCUGUUGAAGAAAGAGGAUGGUGAGUUCUGGAUGGAGCUGCAGGACUUCCUCCGCCACUUCAACACUGUCCAGAUCUGCUCGCUGAGCCCUGAGGUGCUAGGCCCCAGCCCUGCUGGAGGCGGCUGGCACAUCCAUCUCUUCCAAGGCCGCUGGGUGCGAGGUUUCAACUCUGGCGGGAGCCAUCCUACUUCUGAAACCUUCUGGACCAACCCCCAGUUCCGGCUGACACUGCUGGAGCCUGAUGAGGAAGAAGAGGAUGAUGAGGAAUGGCCCUGGGGGGGCUGGGGCGCAGGAAGGGCAAGGGGCCCUGCUCAAGGGGGCCGAGUUCCCAAAUGCACUGUCCUCCUGUCACUCAUCCAGCGAAACCGGCGUUGCCUCAGGGCCCAGGGCCUCACUUACCUCACUGUGUGCUUCCAUGUGUUCCAGAUCCCAGAGGAGCUGCUGGGACUCUGGGACACCCCGCACAGUCGCGCGCUCCUGCCAAAACUGCUGCGCGCCGACCGCUCGCCGUUGUGCGCCCGACGCGACGUCAGCCGCCGCUGCCGCCUGCGCCCCGGCCACUACCUGGUGGUGCCCAGCGCUGCCCGUGCUGGCGAGGAGGCCGACUUCACGCUGCGCAUCUUCUCCGAGCGCCGCCACACCGCCGUGGAGAUCGACGACGUGAUCAGCGCGGAUCUUCACGCCCUCAGGGCUCCCUUCAUUCCCCUGGAGCUGCGGUUGGAACAGCUGUUUCAGGAGCUGGCAGGAGAGGAGGAAGAACUCAGUGCCUCUCAGCUCCAGACCUUAUUAAGCAUUGCCCUGGAGCCUGCCAGGGCACACACCUGGACCUCCAGAGAGAUCGGGCUCAGGACCUGUGAGCAGCUGCUGCAGUGUUUUGGGCACGGGCGAAGCCUGGCCUUGCACCACUUCCAGCAGCUCUGGAGCCGCCUCCAGGAGUGGCAGGCCAUAUUCGACAAGUUCGACCAGGACGCCUCUGGAACUAUGAACUCCCAUGAGCUGAGGCUGGCGCUGAAUGCUGCAGGUUUCCACCUCAACAACCAGCUGACCCAGGCUCUCACUAGCCGCUACCGGGAUAGCCGUCUGCGUGUGGACUUCGAGCGCUUUGUGUCCUGUGUGGCCCAGCUCACCUGCAUCUUCCGCCACUGCAGCCAGCACCUGGAUGGGGGUGAGGGGGUCAUCUGCCUGACCCGCAGCCAGUGGAUGGAGGUGGCCACCUUCUCCUAGGAUGCUGGCACAGGAGCACCUGCAGCUGGAGGUGGGAGAGCUGCCAGGAGCCCCGCCUUUCCCUCUGCCAGCCUGGACCAGAGUUUAUUCCACAGCAAGAGGGGUCUGAGCAAAACCAACUUGCUCCGACCCCUCCACCUCCCUGCCUGGCAUGGGGAGGCUGAUGCUCUGGCAUUAAGUGGUAGUUGAGAGCAUGGUCUCAGGAGCCAGCCUGCCUGGGGUGGAUUUCUGGUCCCACCCCUCACCAGCUGGGCAAGUGCUGCACUUCCUUGUGCUUUGCUCGCCUCACCUGUGAACAGGGAUGGCAACGGCACCUUUCUUGGGCAGGCUACGUGAGUUAGUCAAUGUCACUCGCUUAGAACAGUGCCUGGCCCACACUGGGUCCCCAACAACAGUCUUAUGUUUACACACUCAUGGGAACGGGGAUCGUGGCACGCGCAGGCCCCACCUCACUCUGGGAAAAGGUGCUCUAUCACUGCUCUGCUAAGAAGUGGAGGACAGAGAGAGGAGAAAAAGAGAGGACACUGUAGGACUCCUUCUUAAAAAUAUUACAUGUUUUAUUAUCCUGUCCCCAGAAGGGUGGUUUAUCCAGAAACCGAGAAAAAAAUAAUCAAUCAGAAUAAACUCAAAAAAAGGGGGUGGGGUGGAUGGGAGAUAGGGAGCAAAACCAUCAACUAACAGGCAGCCAGGCCAGCAGCCCACCCUCCACCUCAGGAGGGUCCCCAGAGACCCAUGCCUGAUGACAGACAACAGAAAAAUCAGUAAGGGGCGGGGGGGGAGGGGAGCAAAUCAGCUAUGUCUUCAUUAUGAGAGCAAGAGGCGGCAAAGAUAUGUUGCUAGGUGAAUAUAUAUUUAUAUAAUAAAUCCGUAAGUUAAUAAAGUAAAUAGUAAUUCUCUGAAAGUUUUUAAUUCUUUUUUUAUAGCUUUUUUUGUGAUUUUUUUUUUUUUUUUUUGGUUUUUU